AUUGUGUACUCAAAGCGCAAACACUUCGCAGAUUAAAGAGAUUCAAUUUUUUUUUUUGGUGUACUCAAAGAUAUUUAAAGUGAAAGGGAAACCACAAAGAAUGCAAGGCCUUAAAAGAAUUUUACAAAAUGUGGAUAUUUUAAUUCACAUAUUCCGCAUGUUGGAUAUUGAUGAUCAGAUUCGUUUGUCCAAGGUUUGCCAAGCGUUCAGGAAUAUCUUUGAAUUGUACAUAUUCACCAAGGAAGACUACAGCUCUCUGACUGUGAAUGCCAAUCGUGACUACUAUGUGGUCAACAAUGAGAGUGAGUGCAAUCGCUUGGUGCUGAAACGCAAAGAGCUGAACGAAUUUCUAGACUACCAUCGCUUCAGGGUGCAGUCUUUUACGGAACGAAAAGGUUCGAUUCUUGACAUACGGCCCUUUUGCAAUUUGACUCAACUUCACUACAGUUUCAUGACGAUCACUUGGGAGCAUUUGAAAGCCUUUGCCAAAUUUCCCAACAUAGCUACACAAUUGGAGGAGCUUGUGGUCGACUGCUGCUUGGAUGAAAGUUGGCGCAGCCUAAUGAUUGGCAACACUUGGAAGGUGGACUGGUUGAUGCCUAUGAAAAAUUUGCACAGACUGAAAGUCAAUAUGCCACACAUCAAAAAGAACUGGACAAGGCUUAGCUAUCACAAUUUUCAGAAAAUUAUCACCAAUCUCCAACUAGAGGAUCUCGAUCUGAGGUGUAUCGUACAGCCUGGUAGGCAAGGGCGCCAACAACACCCCAUCCCAAAUUCACCCCUGAGAGAAUUAAAUAUUGGCAUUAAUUUUGGUUCAAAGGCCGAUCUGACACCUUAUCUGACUAUGCUGGAACAUUUGGUGACACUUACGUUAACCGUCGAUGGCAUUGUUAAUCAGAAAAUGCUCAACGACAUUGCCACUGUGUGUGUCAACUUGGAGGGGCUACAUUUCCAAACCUCUAGCUUUGAAGAAAUUAAGACUUUUGUCAUUCCCGCCAAGGUAACAGCGGCUUCCUUAUAUCGCUGUUAUGGUCUUAGCCCAGAAAAUUUCCAACAAAUCCUCUCAGUAGCCCACCUGGUCAAAUUAUCCAUAACUGAAACUAAAGUGAAUGUCAUAGAAAACCAAGGCCUCUCACCGAGCAUAGAAUAUUUGGAUAUUAACGAUGACCAAUGGAACUCGAACUUGAUAUUGGCUUUUGGUGGCAGUGAACAUUUAAAAUACCUACACUGGCAUGCUUGCGACUUCGACCGACAUGUUGCGGCGAAUGAGGCUGCCUUGAGAAGAUGUAGCAGCUUAGAAGUACUGGACUUGAAAGUAGGCCACUUGUCCCUGGACACACUUUCACAUUUGCAAUGCCUUACCAAAUUGACUCUACCACCCUCGAUGCCCACGUUGUCGUGGUCCCUCAUCGUGGGCGUUCUCAAAAACCCAAAUCUAAAAGAAUUCGUCUUAAAUAAAUACUGCAAGGCUCGAGAUCUCGAGAUAGAUGAAGCGGAAAUACCUAGGUGGGGAUUUCCCUUGGCUCUUAACACCAUAAGAAUAACGUUGGACAUUUUCUGUAUGGCCUUGGACUUUUGGUUUGAUGUAUUCAACCAGAAUCCCCACUUACAAUUGGGUGUGUAUAACUUUCGAGGAGAUCCAGAAUAUAUGCGAGUUAUAAUAAAUCAUGAAAAGUUUCCCAAAUCCCUGAGAACUUUGGAUAUUUGCCAUUUCGUUAUAAAAUGCCGGGACUUGAGGCAAAGUGUGGAGGCUACCAUGGCAAAGCUUAAACAAGACAUCGAACAUUUCAAGUACGAAAAUGACGAAUACAUGUUCCGCAUAAUUUUUGAUCGAAAUUUAGGCUUAACGCAAUAACAACAUUAAUUUUGUACAAAUUUUUAGCAAUAAACAGAAAUAAAUUUUUCUAGAAAAAAAAAGUGAAAUUAUUUUG